GCAGUUUGUUGCAUAUUUUAAGAACCCCGAUAUUGAAGGCUCUGUAAGGACCUUCACUUGGUGUUUGGUUUAGGAGUGUUGGCUUGUGGAUCACCGAAAGAUGAAAGGAUUUGUUGAACUAGAAGAGAGCUACCCCUUUGACCUUCUGGAAGAAAAAACUACCCUUAAUGAUGUUAUUGAUGACCGUAUUCGUGAGCAUACUGUUGAGCAAACUGAAAGGAAUGCCUUCUUUGUUGCUGAUCUUGGGAAUGUUGUAAAGAAGAAUAUUCGAUGGAAGAAUGUGAUGACACAUGUGAAACCAUUUUACACGGUUAAGUGUAACAGCAGUCACUCUGUAAUUGAAGUUUUGGCAGCUCUUGGAACUGGUUUUGCUUGUGCAAACAAGAAUGAAAUAACUCUAGUGCAACGCUUGGGAGUAACACCUGAAAAUAUUAUCUACACAAACCCAUGCAAACAAGUUUCCCAGAUUAAGUAUGCAGCUAAAAAAGGAAUAAAUGUCAUGAGCUGUGAUAACAAUGCUGAACUUCUGAAAAUUGCACGUAACCAUCGCAGUGCCAAGCUCUUGGUAGACAUUGCAAUUGCUGAUUCAUGUGAAGAAAAUGAGAUGAGUCUGAAGUUUGGAGCUACUUUGAAGGACUGUAGACAUCUGUUGGAAUCUGCAAAAGAACUAGGGGUUCAGGUGGUUGGUGUCAGGUUUCAUGUUCCAAGCUCAAAAGGCAAUACAGAAGCAUAUUUACAUGCUUUGGCUGAUGCUCGAUGUGUCUUUGAUAUGGCUGCAGAGUUUGGCUUCAACAUGAAUAUCCUUGACAUUGGAGGUGGUUUUUCUGGAACAGAUGGAGAAUUAGAGCUAGAAAAGGUUUGUGACGCAAUUAAUCCACUCCUUGAUAUUUACUUUCCUUCUGAAAGUGGCAUUAAAAUCAUUGCUGAACCUGGUAGCUACUAUGUGAAUUCUGCAUUCACUCUAGCAGUUAAUAUUGUAGCCAAGAAAGCUGUUGCAAGAGAUUCACAGGAUCAGACUGGAGUGGUUGUCUCCUCGAUGAAUGAUGAACCAUUCUUCAUAUAUUACAUAAGUGAUGGUGUUUAUGGCUCUUUUGCAAACAGCUUGUUUGGCACUGUGAAUGCUAUUCCAAUUCUUCACAAGAAGCCUAAUUCAGGAGAGCCUGUGUUUGCCAGCAGCCUGUGGGGACCAUCUUGUGAUGGGCUUGAUCAAGUUGUGGAACACUGUCUCCUACCUGAACUAAGUGUUGGUGAUUGGGUCAUCUUUGAAAACAUGGGAGCAUACACAUUGGAGCAAUCUGCUUUCAGUGAGUUCCAGAGGCUGCCCGUUUAUUGUGUGAUGUCAAUC